UUUGCCUGGCUCUGCAGUCAGCAUGCAGCAGCAACCAUCAUCAGGGCCCUUGGCUCCUUCUGCAGAGCCCACCAAGCCCCCUUACAGCUACAUAGCCCUGAUUGCCAUGGCUAUCCAGAGUUCGCCGGGUCAGCGGGCCACCCUCAGUGGCAUCUAUGGCUACAUCAUGGGCCGCUUCGCCUUUUACCGGCACAACCGGCCAGGCUGGCAGAACAGCAUCCGCCAUAACCUGUCCCUCAAUGAGUGCUUCGUCAAGGUACCUCGUGACGACCGCAAGCCGGGCAAGGGCAGCUACUGGACCCUGGACCCCGACUGCCAUGACAUGUUCCAGCAUGGCAGCUUCCUCCGCCGCCGCAGACGCUUCACCAAGCGCACAGGUGCCCAGGGCACCAAGGGGUCUAUCAAGGCAGACCCCAGGCCUCUCAGAUCCACCAGCCGGGACCCAGGCACCCCCAACACCACUACUGGCAAGUUGUGCCCAUUCCCACCAGAGGUGCCAAACCCCAAGGGCCUAAGCUUUGGGGGUCUGAUGGGGUCUUUGCCAGCCAGCGUAUGUCCAGCAACCAGUGAUGCCAGGCCCCAGUUGCCCAUUGGACCCAAAGAGAUGUGCUCACCCAAGUCUGCAGGCCCAAGAGAGCUCACCUCGCCCUCCCCGUGCCCAGCAUUCGGCUUUUCUGCUGCCUUCUCUGAAGCGGAGAGUCUCAGCAAGGCCUCCACACCUGGUGUGGCUCCUGAGGGCAUGGGGAGCAGCUACCAGUGCCGAAUGCAGGCGCUGAAUUUCUGUGUGGGGACUGACCCUAGCCUUGAACACCUCUUGGCCUCGGCAGUUCCCACCCCGACACCUUCGACUCCUUCAGCCUCUCACCGGGCCCCACUGUCCCUGCCAGCUGACUCCAAGGAACCCUGGGUGGCUGGGAACUUCCCUGUCCAGGGAGGUUCCGGGUACCCCCUGGGGCUACCUCCUUGCCUUUACCGGACACCAGGAAUGUUCUUCUUCGAGUAAGUGACUGCAGUGGGUCCCUCUGCAGGGCCUCCGUCAACUGUUCUCUGCAGAUUUAGUCUGGCUAUAGGACCUAGGACACUCUUCAAGGGCCCAGCCCUGGCAGGCCAAGGACUGUGAGGAACGGAAGGCAGAAGUGAGCAGUCGUCAGCCAGGUGCCCCCGGCCUCCUGACAAACUUGGGAUGGGGCCCUCGAGACUUUCUCUG